CGUAAAUCGGUUCAAUUCAUGUAAUAUGUGUAUUUUCUAGGUCGGUUGUCUUCAACCAUCGCCGUUGAAGAAACGUACCGGCCAACCGUACUGAAAGCCUGAAUUGCAGAGCGGCACAAGAGCAAAGAACAUACGGGGAGGGCAAUAUGAGGACCAUUGGCAAUCCCCGAAGUGCGCUAUCGCUGAGUUUGUCGAUGCCACUCCGCUCUUUCUUCGACUCACAAGAGCCACCGCUUCUGGUCCUUUUCACUCGCAGGCGUUGCUCCACUGUGUGCAUCAGUAGCGAUCCUCCUCAGGUGGAUAACAAUGUUGGCGAGGGUGAAGGAGGGGCCGGUCAUGGUGUUAAUCGCAGAACCUCGAACAAGACAAAGAAGGCGAAAUCCAUGGCGCGGAUUAUUAGUUCCAAACCCUGGUCAGCUGAGGUCGAGACCUCUCUCUCCACCAUAUCUUCAUCAAUCUCCAAGACCACAGUGAUGGAAGUUCUCCGUCUCGUGAAAAACCCAUCAAAUGCCCUGGAAUUCUUCAACUGGGUUCCCAAAAUGGGGUUCACCCACGACCAAGACUGUUACUUCUCGAUGCUGGAAAUCUUGGGUCGCGCUGGAAAACUCAAUGCUGCUCGUAACUUCCUCUCCUCCAUUGAGAAAAAGUCUAAAGGCGCUGUGAGGCUUCAUGACCGGUUCUUCAAUAGCUUGAUUCGGAGCUACGGUGAUGCAGGGUUGUUUAAUGAGUCUCUAAAGGUUUUCGCUUUGAUGAAAUCGCUAGGCGUGUCUCCAUCUGUGAGAACUUUCAAUAGUCUUUUCUUGGUCUUGCUUAAACGAGGAAAGACCAAUAUGGUCAAGAGCAUGUUUGAUGAUAUGCUACACACUUAUGGUGUUUUUCCUGAUACGUAUACUUUUAACAUUCUGAUUAGAGGGUUCUGUAAGAAUACCUUGGUUGAUGAGGGAUUUAGGUUCUACAAUCAGAUGGUGGAAUCAAAAUGUGAUCCUGAUGUUGUUACCUAUAACACGCUUAUGGAUGGGUUGUGUAGAGUAGGCAAGGUACAGACCGCACAUAAUGUGAUGAAGGGGAUGAAUAAGAAAGGUAGGGAUGUGAAACCUGAUGUUGUUACUUAUACAACUUUGGUAAGAGGUUAUUGCAUGAAACUGGAGAUCGAUGAGGCUAUGGCGGUUUUCGAGGAGAUGGUUGAGAGGGGGUUGAAACCAAAUGAUAUUACUUUUAACACACUAAUUAAGGGGCUCUGUGAGGCGCAGAAGUUUGACAAGAUCAAAGAGGUUCUCGAGGGUGCCUUAGGUGGUGGAGGUUUUACUCCUGAUACUUGUACUUAUAAUACACUAUUGUAUACACAUUGCAAUGCGGGGAAUCUUGACGAUGCAUUGAAUGUGUUUGAGAAGAUGAUGGAAUUAAAAGCUCAACCUGAUUCUGCUACGUAUAGUGUUCUGAUCAGAAACUUAUGCAAGAAGAAGGAUUUUGAGAGAGCAGAGAAACUUUUUGAUAAGCUUUUCGAAAAGAAGAUUCUAGUGAAUGACAAUGGCUGUACUCCUCUUGUUGCAGCUUAUAGCCCAAUUUUUGAGUUCUUGUGUAAAAGUGGCAAGACUUACAAGGCGGAUAGAGUGUUCAGGCAGCUGAUGAGGAGGGGAACACAAGAUCCUUCUUGUUACAAGACUUUGAUCAUGGGGCACUGCAGGGAAGGUGAAUUUGAAGCUGGUUAUGAACUUCUGGUGUUGAUGCUAAGAAGAGGCUUCCUCCCUGAAUUCGAAACUUAUCAGUCAUUAAUUGAUGGCUUCUUGCAGAAAGGGGAACCCGUUCUGGCUCAGCAGACACUAGAAAUGAUGUUAAAGAGCAGUUACCUACCUACAGCAGCUACUUGUCACUCUAUACUAGCACUACUACUGGAAAAGGGGUGUACUCAUGAAUCAGCUAGGUUUAUUAAACUGAUGCUGACGAGGAAGAUUAGGCAAAAUAUACAACUUUCUACGGAAACUGUGAGGUUACUGUUUAGCAGGGGACAGAGAGAUAAUGCAUAUCAGAUUACUGAUCUACUCAAUGAAAACGGUUACAUAAUCGACAUGGAGAAAGUGAUAAGUUUUCUUUGCAGAAGUGCAAAGCUGUUGGAGGCACAACAGAUGAUGCUAUUUUGGUUGGAUAAGGCUGGUAAGCAUCACUUGAUUGACGUUAGCACUUGCAACGCCAUCAUUGAGGGUCUCUGCAAGAAGAAGAGGCUUUCUGAGGCAUUUCAGUUGUUUGUAGCUUUGGUGGAGAAAAACAAACAUAGAGAGCUGAUCUGUGCAGAAGAAUUAGCUGCUGCUUUAGGUGCCAAGGGACAAGUAGAAGAAGCUAGCUUCAUAAAUAAGAGGAUGCAAAACCAGUGGGAGUCGGUUAAAUUUCAAACACCUCUGGAAGUUGCUGAGACAUGAGACUCGCAGCGGCGACUGAGAAUACAGGAGACUUGCAUCAGCGACUGAGAAUGCAGGAGACUCGCAGCGACGAGACAUGGGUGGCUGCCAGAGAGGGGAGUCGCAGUCAGGCAGCUGGAAUCAAGAUCAUCGGGAACAGGAAGACAGAUCAGAAUUAUUACUGGACAUCAGUUGCCCUCACUAGUCAGACUUUGACAGGUACAAGAACCAAGUUUUAACUUGCUUACUUUUACCCUGGUUGAUUGCGGGGCAGGCUACAUGACAUGACAUGACUACUUGUACAAGUGCUUCUGUAUUAUGUUUACGUUGAACUCAAUCUAGAAAAGACAGCUGUAUAUAUCAUAGCUGAUUAUCCUCACUUGGUAUUUAUGAGUUAUGAUCGAGGUUCAGUGACAUUCCUGAAACUCUCGCGGCGGUUGAGUCAUGUAAACUUCUUCACCGAGUUCGUUGUUUCUGUGUUUUGAUUCUACUGCUUGAUAAAAUAAA